UACCACGAUUUUGACAACAGUCGAUUGAAGCACAGGUGGGAAACCGGUGAAUUCGAAAAUAACUUCCUUUUGGAAGGGUACGCAUCAAGCAAAUAUAUGAUGACGCCCAUCAAAAAUCCUACAACAGAGGCAGAAAAACUUUAUAACGAGUCCCAAAUACCAGCCUGCAACACCGUUUCCAGAUGUUUUGAGGUUUGGAAACAACGAUUUCCGGUGCUGUCUUACGGAAUGCGAAUCAAUAUUGAUACUGCGAAAGUGCUAAUCGUUGCAUGUGCUGUGCUGCACAAUAUAGCCAUCCAGGAGAAAGACCCAUUACCUCCAGCCCCUAUCGACCAGGAAUUCCCUUUCGACUCGCUUGAGGAUGACGAGGAAUUUGAUGAAGAGGUACAUUUCGUCGAUGGGCUUCAUAGAAACAAUUUAAUAAGUAAAUAUUUUGAGAGGUGAUGAACUAUUAGCAUAGGUUUGGCACAA